AUGGCCGACACCGGCAAAACUUUUGUUGUAGAGCACCUGGACCCGGAGUUGGAGGAGUGGUCAUCAUUGGAGUACUCAGCCAUCGCAGCUGAAUCCCAUGCAUCUGGCGCCCAGUUUCUGCUGUCUUCGGUGCCAGCCUCUCUGAAGUUGCCCGCAAACCUUCAGGGAGCAAAAGGCCUCAAUGUUGAAACGCGAGGAAUCGAGGAGAUAUAUGCCGACAAAAAGGACAAAGUAUGUUUGCUUGAUCCCGCCGCAUCCAAGGACCUAAGUCCCGAAGACGGCGAGACAUUCGACAUCUUCCUGUUCGGUGGCAUCCUUGGGGAUGACCCGCCGAGAGACCGGACCUCAGAGCUGCGCAAAAAGGGAUACCAAGGACGUCGUCUGGGUCCGGUACAGAUGACAACCGACACAGCAGUUCGCGUAACUAGGAUCUGCGUUCAGGACAAGGUGCCCGUGGAGAAGAUCCAAUACAUUGACCAUCCAGACCUGAAGAUCAACAAGAACGAAAGCACGCAGAUGCCGUUCCGUUAUGUCAAGGGCGAUGAUGGAGAGCCGAUUAUGCCGAAGGGCAUGCGUGAGCUGAUCGUUAAGGACUCAGCCAAGAGUCUCGAUGAUCUCUUCUAGAGACAAAGAGCCAAUGGGUGUGGGUAUGCCUGGGCUCUCAGGCAUCUUCCAGUACCAGGCAGGUGGAAAACGAACAUGCGCCACUGUGGCACGCAGUAUUCGACGGCAAUGCAUGUGUGCCUCUUGUGGGGAUUUGUAGCAGCAUGACGAUUCAUGGAGGGCUCCGUGUUGUAGUACUAGACGCGACUUGAGAUGUUAGUCGGAUCUCGAGUAGACGGGCCGAACCGGACGCAGUCUUGCUUCCAGAAACUCGGUUCACGCAUGG